UAGUCAAUUUAUAUUCAAUAAAGACCAAUUUCAAUCAAUAAUCUCCACCAGAAUUAAACAUGAAUUUGGCUCUAAAUAGGAGUGUCCAGAAGGGCGGCUGUCAGGUUCUGGGCCUUAACAGGUACAGUAUACAACAGUGGCUGAAGACCAUUGAUACCAUCGUUUUCGAUGGCGAUGGUGUCCUGUGGAAGAACGAUGAGGUCCUUGAUAAAGCGCCAGAGACCUUCAAUGCCCUUCGAGCAAUGGGAAAAGAUGCUUAUAUUUGCAGCAAUAGCUCGGUCAAAUCGGUGGCGGGAAUUUGUAAGAAGGCCCAGGAAAUGGGAUUUUUGGUGGCUAAGAAUGAGAUCCUAUCUUCGGGCCAGACCUUAGCGCGAUUCAUGAAGGAGAAAAAAUUUAAGAAGAAAGUGUAUGUGGUGGGAGGCCAGGGAAUCAUCGAUGAACUCAAAUUGGUGGGCAUUGAAUCCUUGCCCUUGGAUCAUCCUUCUUUACAAGGAUUCUCAAUGCCAGAGCAUGUACACACCAUCUUUUUGGAUCCCAAUGUGGGCGCUGUGGUGGUAGGAAAUGAUAAGGAUUUCAAUAUGAUCAAGUUGACCAAGGCCUGUUGCUAUCUCAAGGAUCCCGAGGUCAUGUUUGUGGCCACAAAUCGCGAUUCGGCCUUUCCGGCAUCUCCUGGCAGAAUGAUUCCCCGUGCCGGAGUCAUGGUCUCAGCCAUUCAGGCUGCCAGUCAAAGAAUGCCUUUCACCUGCGGAAAACCCAAUCCGUACAUGUGCAUCGAUCUAAUGCGUCAGGGGGCUAUUCAACCGGAAAGGACUUUGAUAAUCGGAGAUACAAUGAAUACGGAUAUUCUUUUCGGCUACAAUUGUGGCUUUCAAACUUUGAUGGUGGGCACUGGGGUCAGCAGCUAUCUGGAUGCCAUCGAGGCCCAGGCAUCUAAGGUUCCAUUUCUAUAUCAGCAAGUUCCCGAUCUAUAUGUGCCAAAACUGUCCAAUCUGUUGCCCUUUCUGUCCUCUCGAAAUAGAUAAGUUGUAUUUAAAAGUGCCAUUGUUAAUUGGAUACUGAAUAAAGUCUAAUGUUUAAACUAA